UACUAUUGUAAUUUAAUUCAUGUAAUUUUACCAAAAUUAAUUGUAAUAAUGGCGUUUAUUGUUGUAAGAUUUAAUAUUAACUUUUUUAUAGCUGAUUUACUUAAUAAACUGGUGUAAAACGUGAACUUUUAUUUUUUAUUUAAAUUCUUAUGAGUACAAUUGUGUAUUUAAUCAUUCGUGUAUUUUGAGAAUGCAGUCACAAGACAGUCAACCCAAGUAUGCAAAAUUAAAUAUUGGUGGUUCAUUAUUUUACACUACAAUAGGAACAUUAACUAAACAUGAUACAAUGCUUAAAGCUAUGUUUAGUGGCCGGAUGAAGGUACUCACUGAUACUGAAGGUUGGGUAUUAAUUGAUCGUUGUGGCAAACAUUUCAAUUCUGUAUUAAACUUUUUACGAGAUGAACAUGUUGCGCUUCCAAAUAAAACACAUGAAAUUGCUGAGCUAUUAGCUGAAGCCAAAUUCUACUUAAUAUCUCCUCUUAUUGAAGCUUGCCAACAAGCUCUAAGGUUAAGACAGUGCAAAAUUGAACCGCAAUGUUGUAUACCUCUUGUAUCUACAAGCGCGGACCUAAGUCAAUUAAUUACAUCAAGUUCCAAACCUGUUGUAAAACUAUUGAUAAAUAGACACAAUAAUAAGUAUUCAUACACAAGUGCAUCUGAUGACAAUUUACUCAAAAAUAUUGAAUUAUUUGAUAAACUUUCAUUGCGUUUUGGUUCAAGAUUUUUAUUUAUCAAAGAUGUAAGUGGUUCAAGUGAAAUAUGUUGUUGGAGUUAUUUUGGUCUGGCAACUAAAGUUGCUGAAGUUUGUUGUACAUCUAUUGUAUAUGCUACAGAUAAAAAACAUACUAAGGUUGACUUCCCCGAAGCCCGAAUAUAUGAAGAGUGUCUUAAUCUUAUGCUCUACGAAAAUCGCACUGAACCAGAUCAAGAACUUAUGCAAGCUACUUCUUGGCGUGGUGCUGUAUCAGGUGUGUCUUCAGCUUAUGGAAGUGAUGACGAAGAAGAACGAAAUCGUAUUGUGCUUAGAAAGAGAUUGGUGCUAUAGUGCAUCAAGCUUAGAAGUUUUUUUUAUAAAAAGCUUCAGGGAUAAGUGAAGGAAGAAAAAAUUUCUAGAUGAAAUUAUGCUUAUUUUUAAUAUUUAUUGUAUUUGUAUUAAAUAUAUUUUGAUAUUUAUUUUAAA